CUUAAACUCAUGGUCACCCAAUCCAUUCCGGUUAAUUACACGGUUAAUCAUGAUUGUUCUCUAAUUGGGCCUCCUAUAUUAAUUAGCCUUGCUUGCAAGUUUGAGUUUUAAAACUGCAUACGGGUUGGGCCCAAAACAUUCAAAGCCCAUUAAAGUACCCCAGUCCAAAAGCUGUUGGUAAGCCCUAAUUCGAUCAGUUUCACUAUAUAAUAAACCGGGGCCGCCGCUCAUCAAACCCUAGAGCGUAUUCAGAGCCGCCUGCCAAAUCACGACUGCCGGGAAAAUGUCGAUCUCCGAACUCGCCUGCAGCUACGCCGCUCUGAUUCUGCACGACGACGGGAUCGCCGUCACGGCGGAGAAGAUCGCAACCCUUGUGAAGUCCGCCAAUGUCAACGUGGAGUCUUACUGGCCGAGCCUCUUCGCCAAGCUCUGCGAGAAGAAGAACAUCGAAGAUCUCAUCAUGAACGUCGGCGCUGGCGGCGGCGGCGCUGCUGUUGCUGUGGCUGCUCCCGCAGCAAGCGGUGGUCCCGCGGCUGCUUCUGCGGCUCCGGCGGCGGAGGAAAAGAAGGAGGAGCCUAAGGAAGAGAGCGAUGAUGAAAUGGGAUUCAGCUUAUUCGACGAUUGAUUUGGAGGUCCACUUGUAUUCAUCUUCCAAGGUUUCUAUGUGUUUUUUUUUUGCUUCAGAUGCCAGAGAUUUUCACCAUAGUUUUAAUGACUCAAUCCCUGAAUUUUAUUCUGUUCUAUGUUACUUUAUGCUUUUUUGUUGGAUGGUAAUUUUGAAUUUAGAUUAUCUUGGUGCAAAAACAAAUGAAAUUUAGAUUUCUUCAUAAUUAGAGCCCUUUGAUUAAAGGUUCUAUGAUAUUCUGCUAUUGAAUUCCUGCUAAAUUGAGUCCUG